GCCGAGGAGGAGGAGGAGGACGACGAAUGAUGAUGAGGAGGAUGAGGCGGACGCGGAGGAGGAGGAGGAGGAGGAGGAGGAGGAGGAGGAGGAGGAGGAAGGAUGACGAGGAUGAGGAGGAGGAGGAAGAAGAAGAUGUAGAAGACGAGGAGGAGGAGGAGGAGGAGGAGGAGAAAGUGCGGGGGAGGAGAAGAUGUUGAAGACGAGGAGGAGAAGGAGGAGAGCGAGGAGGACAACGAAGAAGAGGUGGAGGACGAGGAGGAAGGAUGAGGACGAGGACGAGUCCGACGAGGAGGUGGAGGAAGAAGAAAAUGACGAAUAUGAGGAGGAGGACGACGAUGACCAAGACGAGGACGAGGACGACGACGAGGGAGAGGAGCAGGAGGAGGACGGCGACCAAGACGAGGAGGAGGAGGAGGACGACUCAGAAGAGGCGGAAGACAAUGAAAGGAGGAGGGAGGAGGCGGCCAGGGAGGAACAGAAAUAUAUGGUGGAGGAGCCGCCAGAGCCAGCGGUAGGCGAUAUUUCAGAGGAGGUGUACGCCGAGGGCAUGACGAUUCUGGAGGAGGUGGAGACUGACAUGCGCACCCGGCGCAAGGAAGGGGGCAAUCAUGCCAGUGUGCGCCUGUUGCAGGCGCAAGAUGAUUACGAUGUGGAGGACGAGGAUGCCAUUUGUGAGGCGGAUGAUGUGUGGGCAGGGAAGGACAUGAUUGAGGAGAUUGCAGCCGCGGGGAAGGGGAAGGAGAAGGUGCACGAUGACCCACAGUGGGGGGGCCUUGAUGUUGUGGAGGACCUCGACGGGUUCCUGCAUGGCUCCAGAGACACCCUUCAUAUCAUGAAGGACAUUGAGGAGUGUCGCAGGCCGGAGGGGGGGAGCAGACAGGUUGAUGAGGGUUAUCAUGUGGACACAGACUUUCAUUCUAUUGCCUUUGACGGCGAGGCAGGCUCCAGUGCCGCAACCAUGGACGUAGGGUCGACACGCACGCCUCAGAUUGUCAAGGAUAGAAUUGGCUUUAGCAUGAUUGCAGAUGCAGAGAAACAAGGCCUGAUCAAGCCUGGCAAAACUGUCCUCGUUGAGCCGACAAGCGGCAAUACUGGAAUCGCAUUGGCGUUUGCAGCAGCUGCCAAGAACUACAGGCUGAUACUCACAAUGCCAGUAUCCAUGAGUUUUGAGAGGCGGUGCCUUCUGCGAUCCUUUGGUGCCGAGAUCGUUCUGACUGAUCCAAUGAAGGGAAUACCGGGAUCCGUGGCCAAAGCGCAGCAACUGGUGCAGACCAUGCCAGAAGCCUACAUGUUGCAGCAGUUUGAGAACCCCUCAAAUUGGGAGGCCCAUUACAUGACAACAGGGCCCGAGAUAUGGCGAGACACGGCGGGAACUGUGGAUGGUGUGGUCAUCGGAGUUGGGACCGGGGGGACAAUCACGGGAGUCGGCAAGUACUUGAAGAAAGAGAAUCCAAACAUAAAGAUAUACGCCGUCGAGCCCGAGGAAAGUCCUGUGUUGUCAGGAGGAAAAGCAGGUCCACACAAAAUCCAGGGAAUCGGAGCUGGGUUCGUUCCCAAGGUACUGGAUAUGUCAGUUGUUGAUGAAGUGAUCCUCGUGCACAGCGAUGAUGCCAUAAGGAUGGGGCAGACUUUGGCACUGAAAGAAGGAAUACUCGUAGGAAUCUCUUCGGGUGCAGCCGUCGUUGCUGCUCUUCAAGUCGCAAAGCGUCCAGAGAUGGCUGGGAAGCUCAUUGUGGCAAUCCUACCAAGCUCAGGAGAGAGGUAUAUCUCCACCUCUCUUUUCAAAGACGCACGGUCAGAAAUGGAGAAGUUGCAGAUCAGACGUCCAAUGUGAAGCGCUCCGUUGAAUCCAGCAAAGUCGCCCUGUUUUCGUUUGUGAGGCAUCUUCCAGAAUGCAAGCUUCAGUAUGAGCCCAGGAGGCACUACCCAUAAUUCCUGCUCCAUCUACUCCAAGUUCAUAUGAACCUGGUCUUCUCAUAGCACACAAGGAGCACAUGUGGGGUCCAUUCUGACUUCCGGCAAAGAAUAGCAUCAGGUCAAGCCAGUCUCAGCAUCCUGAGUUCCGAAAAAAGAAGACACAGAGAGGGGGGGAAUGGUUUUAGCUGGUCGCGGGCUUCUUCACCUGCAUUCUCAAGUGGAGUAUCGGCAUCAGAGAGAGUUUUUUUUUGAGAAAAGUAGGGUGCGCAACACGUUCCACCCAUGGUAGAUCGUCAUGCUCUAAAGAAUAUGAAUGUCAUGUAAGGGUUUAAUGAGGGUUUAGGGCUUAAAGGGUGCCAAGGGCCGGACAGGGAAACACUUAGUAGGGGGGCUGCGGUACAGGGCUGGGUUCAUAAAUAGAAGGGGCUCCUAGAUGGGUUGGGUGUUACUAGCAGCUCCAUGGGACAAUCAGAGCCCCAGGUAGUAAACAGAAAUGAUCCCAGCCACAGAAACAACAGACAACAAUCCCCGUGAUCCAUGAUAUUUUAAAUGGGAUGCUGGACCCAGUUUUCAGCAGGUGCCACUUCCCACCAAUAGAUGGAGCAGCCCAAUAGAUAUGACCUCUUUUUUUUUUUUAAACAAAGCUCCAUCUAUUGG